AUGACCGACUACAACUCCCUGUACCAACAAGGCCUCUAUCUUUCUCCCGAUCAACAGAGUCUCUUGCUUGCUGCGCUAUCCUCCAACAACCCUUCUCAAAAACAGCCGCAAAAUCAGUCCAAAACCCCUCAACCCAAGUCCGAACCUGAGUCCACCCCGGCCCAGCCAUCCUCCGGCAGUUUUACCAUGUCUCCAGGGUUCAACCACUCCCGGAACCAUUCCGGCGGCCUUGGAUUCGGCGAUGAUGAGAGCCCUUUCCUCGACUUCAACCCGGAGCUCGAUUUCGACUUUCACGGCACCGAGAAUCUUAUCGGUGAUAUACCCGGAGUGCUUUCGGACGACCACGAACCCGGUGAGAAGCGCAAGGAUCUGGAGGGUCGUUCCGACUACGACAAUGAAGAAUCCGGCAAGAAACGGAGGGAAAGUGACGACAAAACGGCCAAGAAGCCGGGGCGCAAACCGCUGACUUCGGAGCCAACUUCGAAGCGCAAGGCGCAGAAUCGUGCCGCUCAGCGUGCUUUCCGUGAACGCAAAGAAAAGCACCUGAAGGACCUGGAGACCAAGGUCGAAGAACUGCAAAAGGCCUCAGACAACGCCAACCAGGAAAAUGGCCUGCUGCGGGCCCAAGUCGAACGUCUGCAAGUAGAACUCCGGGAAUAUCGCAAGCGCCUCUCCUGGGUGACGAGUGGCAACGGGCUUUCCGCUAUCAAUGCCAUUCCCGGAGCCCACUCCCGCGGAACGUAUGGCCUGAAUAACAACGACUUCAUGUUUGAUUUCCCCAAGUUUGGUGAUCUCCCUGGCUCGCACAUCUUCAACAACAACAACCAAUUGCAGAAGAUGAACCAGAACAAGCCCCAGGAAGGCCAGUCCCCCACCGCUCGGAGAUCCGAUUCCAACGUCCCGGGUGUUUUGAAUCGGGAUUCUCUCAACACCGCAAGGAAUGCCGGACUGUCCCCGCUUAAGACGAAUUCCCCUGCAGCCACCUCGGUCCCAUCAACCAGAGGCACCCCCAUCACUUCCCAAGGGUCCACCAGGAGCCCGGCUCUGCCCAAGCCUCUUUACCAUAGGGCGGCGACGUCGACAAACGAUGCGUCGAAUUCGGACUCUCCGUCAUCUUCGUCCGAUUCACAUCAAAGCCAGCUACUGUCCUCGAGCGGCACAUCGCCCGAGCCGUCGACCAACUCUCCAGCCAACAAGCCGCAGGACAACCACCAUCAUACCUGUACCUAUAACACCAUUGAUGGGCAGGAAUCCUUCUGCGCACAGCUGGGCCUCGCGUGCGGCAACAUCAAUAACCCUAUUCCAGCGGUGCGCAAUAAGAGUCCAAGCGUCUCAAACACUCCCGGCCAGGCCGGAGAAGCCGAACAGUUCCCCGGACUCGAUUCUCUGGCCCAGCAGAACGGAGGCCAAUUUGACCCGGUCCUGUUUGGCGACUGGCGGGAGCCCCAGGAUGCCAUCCUGUCUCAGGAUUUUGGCACUUUCUUUGACGAUGCAUUCCCCCUACCGGAUCUGGGUAGUCCUUCGCACAACUUCAGCGAGUUGGGACAUCAGCAACCAAAGAAAGACCUGAUUUCCCUGAUCGACGACAAGCUGGAUGAAGACGAGGUGGUUCCGGGAGAGGACAAGACCCAGAUGCUCAGCUGCACGAAGAUAUGGGAUCGUCUCCAGUCCAUGGAAAAGUUCCGCAACGGCGAAAUCGACGUCGACAAUCUCUGUUCGGAGCUCCGCACCAAGGCCCGUUGCUCGGAGGGUGGCGUGGUCGUGAACCAGAAGGAUGUCGACGACAUCAUGGGCCGCGCAACGCACUGA